UGGAAAAAGAUAAUCACAAUAAGAUUAUUCUUCUUUUGGUUCUUGCCACAACCACUUGCAUCGCCGCCGCAGAGAUGGAGAAGGAGCUGACCGGUGGCGGCAAAGUACACGAAAUGUUCUUCCGCCACCGCGUCUUCCCUCCCUACCUCGGCGGAAUAGGAUUUGGCAGGGGACCAGGUUUCUUCCCCGGGGGUGGUUCUGGUGGAGGGUUUGGAAGCAGAGUAGGGAGCGGUGGUGGUGGUGGUUCGGGUAUUGUGGGCAGCAUUGGGCAAGGAGGUGGUUCCGGCAUCGGAGGGUCGUCAGGUGGUGAGGGUGGCGGUAGGUUUUACCGUGACCGAGCCGCCGACCCCGGGGCUCACACAACUAGUGUUAGCGGUAGAGGUGGAGAUGCCACGGCGGCGGCGGCUGAGGCAAAAAAUGACGUUGCUGGUCCUAUGCCUUGACCGGCUGCAAUAAUUCAUUUUCUUUUAU